AUGGAAGUCACUGUCACCCCACAUGCGAGCCUAAACUCAUCACGUGGGGUAAUAUCUGAAAUCGAUCUGAUAUCUGAAGAUGAAUCAGAUAUUCAGAUUGGCCUUUCAGAUCAAGGAGUCACUGCUGUCCGACGCAUUUCCAUUCGUCGAGAUGGCAAGUUGAUUCCCACCAAACAUCUUAUUUUGACAUUUAAUAAACUGACUUUGCCAUCUGUUAUUACAGCAGGUUAUCUGCGCUGCCCAGUUCGCCCUUAUGUUCCAAAUCUGCUGGGUUGCUUUAAAUGUCAGCAAUUUAGACAUUCACAAACAUCGUGUCGUGGGAAAAGCAUAUGCGCACAGUGUGGAACUGAAGGUCACGACAGUACUGAGUGUACCACUACUCCAUGCUGUGUGAAUUGCAAAGAUGCCCAUCCCGCCUACUCUCGAAAAUGCCUAGCAUGGCAGAGAGAGAAAGAGAUCCAGCGAGUAAAAACCGUUAACAACAUACCAUAUCCAGAGGCUCGGCGCAUGGUCACUCAAAGCACAGCAGUGAAACAGAAAACAUUUGCUUCUGUGUUGAAAUCCACAAAGACAUGUGGGGUUCAAACCGAUAUCUCUGUCUCCCCAAGCGAAUCUCUUACUCGCCAUGCGAAAUGUUUAAUACUCCCGUCUAUGCAAACACCAGAAAAGGAGAUCACAAAAGGAAAAACACCCCUGCCUAAAACAGGGGUAAUUACAAGAAACCUGGGAUCUAAAAAGGCUAGUAAGAACCCACUAAACAAACAGAGAGUGAAAGCAGCUCUCUCUAAAUCUAAAAAAUCAGAGGCUCAGUCUAUGAGUGAGUUCUCUGAUAUCUCUCAUGAAGAGACUAAUAAGGAGGUGACCCAACUAACGUCUCCUCUAAAAGGAAAAUCAUCAGUUAAACUGAAGAGGGACACUUUUUCUAAGAAUGCUGCCUCAAACACAUAA